UAGGAACAACUCGGGAUAAAAGCGGAGCCCGUGGGAGGCCCAGGACACCCCUCUGCCUGGUGGAGGGCAGAUCAGCCCAGCCUGGAAAAGCCAUCACCACUGAGUAAAAGCAGGAGAGGCAUUAUCCGUGUCUGCUCACAGCUCCGGAAACAGAAAUGUCACCCUGAGCUCUUUCCAGACAACAGGCUUCUUCCUACUAAGAGUGGGCCAGAACUCCGAUGUUCAGGAGGAGACGAGCAGAUCCUAUUUACAGUCAGUCCCUCCGUGCGCAGAGCUGCAAGCCCGGGCAGAGGUGGUCUGGCUGGCCACCUAGAAUGAAAAUGCCUCGGGAAAAGCCAAACGAGCUCACUGCUGAACACCAUUGUCAGCUAAAAGGAAAAGAGAUCCCUUUUAAGGAAACUAUUUAACUUCAAUAGGCUGCUUUUCUGCCAGGAUUUUCAAUUCCUCUGAACAUUCAAAGCCGAGACACAGACUGCUGCACGUAUGUCUGAUACUGCCCCCCCUCCCCCCAGCUCCAGCACCAGUUGUUAGCCCAAAAUAAACCCCAUUCCACAACCAUAUAUGUCCACGGGCCCAGAGCUGGGGAGGAGCAGCAGGAGGUAGGUCAGGUCCCUGGGCCCCAGCCACACUCCGUGGCUGCUGCACACCAUGCACAUCACCCAGCUCAACCGGGAAUGCCUGCUGCACCUCUUCUCCUUCCUGGACAAGGACAGCAGGAAGAACCUCGCCAGCACCUGCCCCCAGCUCCGGGCCGUGUUUGAGGACCCCGCGCUCUGGCCCCUGUUGCACUUUCGCUCCCUCACGGAACUCAAGAAGGACAACUUCCUCCUGAGCCCGGUGCUCAGGAGCCUCUCCAUCUGCUGGCACUCCAGCCGCGUGCAGGUGUGCAGCGUUGAGGACUGGCUCAAGAGCGCCUUCCAGAGGACCAUCUGCAGCCGGCACGAGAGCCUGGUCAGUGACUUCCUCCUCCAGGUGUGCGACAGGUGCCCCAACUUGGCGUCCGUCACGCUGUCCGGCUGCGGCCACGUCACCGACGACUGCCUGGCGCGGCUGCUGCGCUGCUGCCCGCGCCUCCGCACCCUGCGCCUGGAGAACUGCGCGCGCGUCACCAACCGCACGCUGGCGGCCGUGGCGGCGCACGGGCGCGCGCUGCAGACGCUGCACGUGGACUUCUGCCGCAACGUGAGCGCCGCCGGCCUGCGCCGCCUCCGCGCCGCGUGCCCGCGCCUGGCGCUGCGAGCCGAGCACAGCGCGACCAUGAUCCCCGACCAGCCGCGCUGCCCGCCGGCGCCAGGCCCGGCCCUCCGCACGCUGCUCCCGCGCUAGGCCGCCGGGCCGCGGAAGGACACCGGCCACGGCGCUCGGCCGAAGGAGCCACCCCAGCUCCGCCACCUUCCGACGGAGGCUGAUCUUCUGAGCCUGUUUGCCCGUUUGCAAAAUGGGGAUAUGAAUGUCUACCUCACUUUAGGAUUUUAUAUGCAGGAUGAAUACGAGAUUAAAUGACCUGAACCUUGGAAAACACUCGCGUGGUUCUCUCUAAAUUCCAGCACCUUGCCCGCCUCCUUCCGCAGCAGCGGGAGGCGCCUACACCCUCGGGGUCUGCGACCGCCGUCGGGGGUCUAACCCCAGUGAGACAAGGACCGCCGAGCGGGCCGGUGCGCCUGGGCGAGGCUGCCCGCCCGGGAGGCCAGGACUUCGCGGCCGACGCGGGCAGGGAGCCCUGGGAAGGGGACUGAGUGGCUCAGGGGGCCGACCGCUCGCUCCAGCAGCGCCCCUAGCGGCCCCCGGAGGCCCCGCCGGCGGCGGAGGCGCCGGCUUCCCAGGAAAGGGGCCUCUGGCCAGGAAUCUGGGCGGGGCUCGAGGCCCGAGAGAGCGGCCCGAGGGCGACAGGGGUUCCGUACGGAGCGGGGCUCCAGGUGCCCGGCCCCGCCCGCGGCUUCGCUC